UUCGUUGAUGCGGACGGUUGAUAACUCGAUUUUGCUGGUCCUCAACCUUUCUGCUUUGGUCAUGGGUAGAAAGUUCCUUGCUUUUUUAUUUUCAUGAAUAUCAUAGAGUAGCUGCAAUCCUCGAAGCCAGUGUUCAAAACUUUAGACGUCCAGUCUACGGCACUUAUGAUGUUCUCGUCGAUAAAGGCAUCGUUGAUCUACAUUGGAGGGGCUCAAGCAGCCUCUUUAUACAAUGGCUUGCAUGCAAGCAUACUCUCGCCAGACAUAAGUAUGGCUUGUGAUGCAGCAUUUAAUACCGAGCUAAACUGCGAGAGCUUGAUUCAAUUGACGCCAUAUUCAAUUCAAAGCACAAGUUCGUCAUCUUAGAUUAACUGGUAUUUCGUCGACUGACUAUGGUGUUUUCAGAAUGGAACACAUCAUCGUUAACGUCGCUUUGCACAGCCUCGUGUCAAACAGGAUUGGCUUCCUUGAGUUCUCUUUCCGAAACUGCUUGUGCCGACGACACAUUUUUAAUUGACAGUAAUGUCAUGUCGUUACACGAGCUCGUGGAGAUGAUUGAAUACAAAUGGGGGCUCAUAUGUUUACAAGAUGAAACUACCGAUGAAUUCUGUUUAGAUGUUGAGGACAGGUGAGUUUACAAAUAAUACAUAGUCACCAUUAAUCUAACAAAAUCAAGCUGGAAUAUAACUACUAUGGUAGCAUUAGGUGGUGCGACAUGGCCAAAGAACACACAAAAGUGUUAUCUUGGUUCGUCAGAGGGGUACUGGGAAUAUUUUACAGGUGACAAUGAUACAUGUAUAGAGCCUGAAUGGACAACGCUGGAAAGUGUUUUCGAGACAUCCGGGCGGGAUGAAAUGUCUGCUAUGGAUUAUUACACCGAUGCGCCUGAUCCAAUAGAUGAUGAUAAUUAUGGCUGGCCAGAGCUUUUGGAUUUUGACGAAUAUCCAUUGGAGAUACAAUGUAGCUCUUGCUUCUUGUAUGCAACCCAGUCCCCUCCUUCCAUGUCAAGCUUUGCAUUCCUAAUUAUCGUUUAGACAAAGAUUCAGAGUAGGCUAUGAGAGCAUCUGGGGUAACAGCUGGGAGUAAGUGCCUGCUAAUAUUUGACGAAAAUUAACUAAAUUGAAUCUACAGCGAGGUUACGGAGCAAGUUUGGGCGAACAUGAAACAAAAUUGCGGACUCAACGAGAAUAUAGCCCCAGCGCAUAACGUCUCAGGAGUUAUCAAUAUGUAAGUGCUUUGAUCCUGUUCUAGAAUUGAUCUGAUUCAGCAUUCCCAAAGUGGUGACGAUGUUGCCCCCCUUCCUCCCGUUACAACGGAGUGCCCUCAGAACAUAACUAUCUCCGAUGAAGAGCAAUACACUUGUCUCGAAGCUUUCGUCAAAUUCAAAAUUCCAACCGCUGGACUCUUCAAUCUGGAUAAUAGUUUGGACUGCUCUGGUCUUUCGAAUACCACACUCUGCGCUCCCAUGUCAUGUCCCAUUUUGGUGGUGAACACAGGAGGUACAAGCUUUGCAGACGUGAACGUGCCGAUCUCUUCUUUUGUAAGGGAUUAUACAAAUUCUACGCUUACGGAAUUUUAUUCGUACAAUUCGUACCUUUCGUAUGGUUUUGUGUCACAAAACGAUACCGUUUGUAUUGGGUACGUAUUUAAAUAUUUUGUGACAUUUUGAUCGCUUCGGACACUGACUGGUGAGCAGUCCACCAAAUCAAAUAUAUCAACCAAGUUUGUAGGAUAUCGAAACAGUUGAAAAGUGUAUUUGCACAAGAAACACUCUGGUCAAGUUAUUUACUUGUAGAUUAAAUAUAGUCAAUCAAACAUUAUCCCGUUCUG